GAGGACGUGAUGGCAGAAGGGCGGGAGAGAAAGCCUCUCCUUUAGGGCUGAUGAGACACCAUCCGUGCCCUUCGUAGGCCUCUUAACAGCUGCGGAGGGCGGCCGGGGGGACGGGAUGAGGCUGCCUUGAGAGCCCAGAGGGAGUGCUCCGAGGAAGGGCCCAGAGCGUGACCUGCACCCGCCGAGCAGCCACGCGCACCCCCGCUCCCACCGCGCCAUGCACCGCAGCCGGGUCACCAGCACCGCCGACAGGGCAGCGACAACCAUGCUUUGGGGCUGUGAGCUAAACCAGGAGAAGCGGACCUGGACCUUCAAACCGCAGAAGGAGGGGAAGCAGGACUGCAAGGUGCUGAGCACGAUUUGCUUGGGGGAGAAAGCCAAGGAGGAGAUGAACCUCGUGGAGAUCCUGCCCCCAGCAAGCCAGGAGGACAAGAGGCCAAAGCCCAUCACCAUCGCCUCACUGCAAGCCUCAGUCCUGCCCACGGUCAUGAUGAGCCUGGAGCUUUCUCCUCCAGUCACCUUUCAGCUGCGGGCUGGCUCUGGGCCCGUGUUCCUCAGCGGCCAGGAAUGUCACGAUGACAUCUUGGAGGAAGAGGAGGAGGAGGAAGAGGAGGAGGAAGAUGAGGAGGAAGAUGAGGAUGAGGAUGACGAGGAUGAGGAUGAUGAUGUGGAUGUGUCCCUAGAGGAAACUCCCGCCAAACCAGGCAAGAGGCUGAUUUCCCAGAGGCAGACCAGCGUUGCCAAGAAAAAGAAGGUGGAGAAAGAAGAGGAAGUGAUAAGACCCAGCCUGAAAGACAAGAGCCCUGCAAGGAAGGCCAAAGCCACACCCAGAGCCAAAAGCCGGGCAUUCAAGAAUGAGGAGCCCAGGAGUGGCCUGGCCCCAGUGACCAUGGGAGGGCUGGCCAGGCCACGCCACCAUGCCGAGCGGGCUUUCACGGGAUACACUGUGGACCCACACCCUGCUCCCUGGGGCCCUCCACCUGAGGCUGAAGGUGAUGGAGGGCCGUUGUUUCUGCAUCUGUUCCGCUACCCAUAUGCGUUGCCGGCUGCAGUGAGCCAUUAUGUCCAGCAGAGGGCGGCCGCAGGCCAGGCCCUGCCUGCUGGCUUUAUCAUCUCCCUCUCCUGGUACUCGCACUGCCCCUCUUUGGAGGAAGAACCAAGUGCCCCAGCCCCUCACCCAGCGUCUACCUUAUGCCCUAAGUGA